CUUGCAUAUACUGUUCAAUAUGCCUUCACAUCUUGUUCUCCCCUCCUUGUUGAAGCUAUUCAUCCCUCCCUGGAGCCAGUUAAGCAAGAAAGAGGUGAAUCUCUUUCCCUCAUCAGUUCUGACCAGACUCAAACAAUAUCAUUAUCCAGCGCACUUGAGAGGCCGGACAACAACAGUACUCCCAGCUCUCCCGUCUUCACGUCUAUCUCAUCUAACUCUCCUCUUUCUGUAGCUGCAUCUUUGCCUGCAUCUUCCCUCCAAACUCGACAUCAUCAUCUCCUGCUCAGCAACCAAGUGGCUAUCAAACUCGAGUCGCCGGACCCCACUGAGCCGCUGUUGGCAAAUAAAGUUACAACUUCGGGCUGCUCUGGUACCGGGACUAUUGGAGAUAUGAGUGGUGCGAUGGAGCAUGUUACGAUCCCAGUGGGAUUGGCCUUAACACCACUUGACAUAAAUCCCUUAAAGCCGGGCUUUUCCACAAAUAGCUGUUGUACUGUUUCAGUAGAUGACCUGUCGGAAUACGGCGCAUUGCCUUCAGUCAUCGAACCCACUACAUCACCUAUUAUUCCUUCUGACAUGACUAGAGGGCUGGAACAUCACUCCUCUGGAAUUCUAGCACAAAGUCGUCUGACUCCUGAAGAAUCAUCUGUUAUUUCUAUCUCAGGUUCCGACUUGGUCAACAUAGGUGCAGUGCCGAUGAACACGGGUAUGUUUCUCUACUUUGGCUUGACGAUACCUACACUUGAAAGGUGA